AUGGAGUCGGUAAAACAAAGGAUUUUGGCCCCGGGGAAAGAGGGGAUAAAGAAUUUUGCUGGAAAAUCCCUCGGCCAGAUCUACAGAAGGGUACUGGAGAAGAAACAAGACACCGGUGAAACCAUUGAGCUGACAGAGGAUGGCAAGCCACUAGAGGUGCCUGAAAAGAAGGCUCCACUGUGUGACUGCACCUGCUUUGGCCUGCCUCGCCGCUACAUCAUAGCCAUCAUGAGCGGCCUCGGCUUCUGCAUCUCCUUUGGCAUCCGCUGCAACCUGGGUGUGGCCAUUGUGGACAUGGUCAACAACAGCACCAUCCACCGCGGAGGCAAAGUUAUCAAGGAGAAAGCCAAAUUCAACUGGGACCCUGAAACCGUGGGGAUGAUUCACGGCUCCUUCUUCUGGGGCUACAUCAUCACCCAGAUUCCGGGUGGAUAUAUCGCGUCGCGGCUGGCUGCCAACCGGGUCUUUGGGGCUGCAAUACUGCUCACCUCGACCCUCAAUAUGCUGAUCCCGUCGGCAGCCAGAGUGCAUUAUGGAUGUGUCAUCUUUGUUAGGAUAUUGCAAGGGCUUGUGGAGGGUGUCACCUAUCCAGCCUGUCAUGGGAUAUGGAGCAAGUGGGCCCCUCCUUUGGAAAGGAGUAGGUUGGCUACCACCUCCUUUUGUGGUUCCUAUGCUGGAGCAGUCAUUGCAAUGCCCUUAGCUGGCAUCCUUGUGCAGUACACGGGAUGGUCUUCGGUAUUUUAUGUGUAUGGAAGCUUUGGCAUGGUCUGGUACAUGUUCUGGCUUCUGGUGUCUUAUGAGAGUCCUGCAAAGCAUCCUACCAUUACGGACGAAGAACGUAGGUACAUAGAAGAGAGCAUUGGAGAGAGCGCGAAUCUGUUAGGCGCAAUGGAAAAAUUCAAGACCCCGUGGAGGAAGUUUUUCACAUCCAUGCCCGUCUAUGCGAUCAUCGUUGCAAACUUCUGUCGGAGUUGGACCUUUUACUUACUGCUCAUCAGUCAACCAGCUUAUUUUGAGGAAGUAUUUGGAUUUGAAAUCAGCAAAGUUGGCAUGCUGUCUGCGGUCCCACACCUGGUCAUGACAAUCAUUGUGCCUAUCGGGGGGCAAAUUGCAGAUUUUCUGAGAAGCAAACAAAUUCUUUCAACAACUACCGUGAGAAAGAUCAUGAAUUGUGGUGGUUUUGGCAUGGAAGCCACCCUGCUUCUGGUUGUUGGCUACUCUCAUACUAGAGGAGUGGCCAUCUCCUUCUUGGUGCUUGCAGUAGGAUUUAGUGGAUUUGCCAUCUCUGGAUUCAAUGUGAACCACUUGGACAUUGCUCCAAGAUAUGCCAGUAUCUUGAUGGGCAUUUCCAAUGGUGUUGGCACACUGUCGGGGAUGGUCUGCCCUAUCAUUGUCGGUGCCAUGACCAAGAACAAGUCCCGCGAAGAGUGGCAGUACGUCUUCCUCAUCGCUGCGCUCGUCCACUAUGGCGGAGUCAUAUUUUAUGCAAUAUUUGCCUCUGGAGAGAAGCAACCUUGGGCAGACCCUGAGGAAACAAGUGAAGAAAAAUGUGGCUUCAUUCAUGAAGAUGAACUGGAUGAAGAAACAGGGGACAUCACGCAGAAUUAUAUAAAUUACGGUACCACCAAGUCUUACGGCGCCACCACACAGGAGAACGGAGGCUGGCCUAAUGGCUGGGAGAAAAAGGAAGAAUUUGUUCAGGAAGGAGCACAAGAUGCAUACACCUUUAAGGACCAAGAUGAUUAUUCAUAA